AUGGUCGAAGAAAAAGAAAGAAUCGACCAUGUCGAUGGGCCGGACACAAAGUCGGCAGACGCGAAACAAUCGGUCCCGGUGGGUAGUCCUCUGACCCUCACACCAAAUGAAACCCAUCAAUAUCAAGUCGCCGGUCUUCCUCUUGACCAGGAGUUGCCAGGAGGCCACUUCCCCCACGGGCCCGCCAAGAAGAUAAAGCCCAAGAUCAAAAAUAAGGCAAAGAUCAAGAAGGGUCAAAAUAUGGCAAAGCCGGCCCCAAGAACUUUGACAAACGGCCUGGCUCGACAACACCUCGCAGCGCUGACUCAAGUGCUUCAUCGUUGUUUGUUAGAUGGUGACUACCACCGAGCAGGAAGAGCAUGGGGCCUCCUUUUACGAGAGAAUUUCAAAGGGUGUCGUGCUGGAAGUCAAAUUGGAGCGCAGAUCUUGUUACGCCGAGGGGCUAAGCACCACCCCGGCGGUGCCAAUGAAGCCGCUCACUCUCCUGCGACAUUCACCAUCAAGGGAUUUGCGGAAGCGAAAGUAUACUAUGAAAAGUUGAUUCUCGCUCAUCCUUAUUCAAAAUCUGCUCCGCAUCUACUCUCUGCUCUCCAUUUUUAUCCUGCCAUGUUCGAGCAUUGGAUCGUAUUUGCCCAAGAGGAUAGCAGUCUGGAGAGAAAGAAAAUAGAAAACGACGAGAUGUCUGACGAAGAAGACUAUGACUUUGACGAUCAAGCAUUGCACAAGAAACAGACACGCAUCUCGGCUGUUCGAGCCCAGGAACUCGAGCAGGCUCGGCAAAUCGCAAUACGCAUUGAUGGUGUGCUUGGAAAACCACCUUACUCGGACUCCGCAAGGCUGCUCGAAAUGCGGGGCAUGGUGUCUCUUUGGAUUGGCGAUCUACUUAUGUCUUCACUAGCACCAACCCCAUUUCAGCAGGGAGAGCAAACUACAGAUGCGAUACUCACGGACGGCGGGUAUAGCUCGUAUGAAACACAGCUCGCACACAGUUUGACAAUGGAAAAGAGGGGGCAGGCAGAGGAGCAGAGACUUUUAGAGAUUGGCAAGGCACGAGAAUUCCUGGAGCAAGCCAAGCAACGUGGAAUACGAGUCGAGUACAAUCUGGACGGUCUCGAGGGUUCUUCGAGUGAUUCAAAAAACAUGAUUCACGAAACAGAUAUUAGCUUGAAUGUAUGA